CUAAAAAAAAAUAAUAUUUCCCUUAAAACAAUUUCUGAAAUUCUCCAGUUAAUCUCUCCUCCUUCCAGCCUCUCGCUUUCCAGCUACUCAUUCCGGAGCUGCUUUAAAGGCAGAAUUUCAAUUUCUCUCGUGUUAGGGUUGAUUAAUUCAAUUGCCGGCGAUGGCUCCGAACGAUCCCAAGCAAGGCGGUGGUUUCUUCGCGUCGAUCGCGUCCACUCUGACUAAUUUUGGUAGCGCCAUGACCAAAUCAGUCAACGGUUUAUUGGGUUAUGAAGGAUUGGAAGUUGUUAAUCCAGAAGGAGGCACUGAAGAUGCUGAAGAGGAAGCAAAGAGAGGAAGAUGGAAGCAAGAGGUGACCUAAUUUCUAUGCAUGUUAUGUCUAUAGAGGGAAAAAAAAAAAAAAAAGAACAAAAGUUAUAUCUAGUUGGUUAAUAUUCUCAAAGCCUUGGGAUGAUUUGAUUGAAUCCUCUUAAAGUCAGGGCUAUUAGUAUAGCCAGCUUUGCCUCCUAGCACUUUGCAUACCUAUCAUUUAUGGGCAUUACCAUGUUCUGCAAUGAAUACCCCACUGGAUCUCAUUUUCUCAUAUUUCUUUUAUUUAGCUGGCAUAUUUUCUAUGCAAUGCAUGUAAUAUCCAUAAAAAAAUGGAGAAAAGGGAUCUUAUUUGAAUAUGCAUAUGCACAUUUGUUCCCUUGUAUUAUUCUGCAUUGCAGGACAGGGACAGUUACUGGAAGAUGAUGCAGAAGUUUAUAGGAUCUGAUGUCACAUCAAUGGUAACACUUCCUGUACUCAUUUUUGAGCCAAUGACAAUGCUGCAGAAAAUGGCUGAGUUAAUGGAGUACUCCUACCUGCUAGAUAUGGCUGAUGAAUGCGAAGAUCCUUAUAUGCGAUUGGUGUAUUCUACAUCAUGGGCUAUAUCUGUCUACUAUGCAUUGCAACGUACCUGGAAGCCAUUUAAUCCAAUACUUGGUGAGACUUAUGAAAUGGUUAAUCAUGGUGGCAUCACCUUUUUAGCUGAACAGGUUAGCCAUCACCCCCCAAUGAGUGCUGCUCAUGCUGAAAAUGAGCAUUUCAUUUAUGAUAUAACUUCAAAGCUGAAGACUAAAUUUUUGGGGAACUCAAUUGAUGUCUAUCCUGUUGGAAGGACCCAUGUGACCCUGAAAAGGGAUGGUGUAGUUCUUGAUUUGGUGCCUCCUCUCACAAAAGCAAACAACUUAAUCUUUGGACGAACUUGGGUUGACUCACUUGGGGAGAUGAUCAUGACAAACCUGACUACAGGGGAUAAAGCUGUUCUAUAUUUUCAACCAUGUGGUUGGUUUGGAGCUGGACGCUAUGAAGUGGAUGGAUACAUAUACAAUGCUGCUGAGGAGCCCAAGAUACUGAUGACUGGGAAAUGGAAUGAGUCAAUGAGUUUUCAACCCUGUGAUGGGGAAGGAGAACCCCUUCCAGGCACUGAACUAAAGGAGGUGUGGAGGGUUGCUGAUACCCCAAAAGACGACAAAUUCCAGUACACCUACUUUGCACACAAGAUAAACAGCUUUGAUACUGCCCCCAAAAAGCUGUUGGCAUCUGAUUCUCGUUUACGCCCCGAUAGAUAUGCUCUAGAGCAGGGUGAACUCUCCAAAGCUGGUUCUGAAAAGAGCAGGUCUCUCUCUCUCUCUCUCUCUCUCUGUUCUCAAAACUGGAAUGGACUGGCCAGUCAAACAGGUUGACAGGUGACUGGUCAUGAAAACAGUUCAUUGGAGGAACAGUUGACUGGUUAAGUAGUCAUACUCAUAAAAAACUGUCAUUUGCCUGGGCUUGCCUCUGCACACGUGUGGGUGUGGGAAUCCUCAAAAGCCUCAAAAACAAUCUCUGAAGUAUUUGCUGGAAGAGAUUGUUUUUAGGCUAGUUAAUGGAAUGAAUCUUGCACAUGGACUACUGAUGGCAUGCCAUAAAUGUGAUUGAAACCUUUGUGCCUAUAUUUUCUCCUCAGGAGAGGGAAGAAGGAAUUUAACUGGUGGAAAAGGUCUCCCUUAUAUAUAGGCAUUACAAGUGCAUUCAAUAUAGUUUAUGAUCAGACUAACAGAACAAGAUUUUAUUUGCUUGAACCGGUACAGUAUGUAAUUUCUUAAUUUUGUCUGUGUUUUCAGUUUGGAGGAAAGACAGCGAGCUGAAAAGAGAAACCGAGAAGCAAAGGGCCAUCAAUUCACCCCAAAAUGGUUUGAUCUUACAAGUGAAGUCACCCCAACACCUUGGGGUGAUCUGGAAGUGUACCAGUACAAUGGCAAGUACACUGAACAUCGAGCUGCUAUGGAUAGCUCAACAAGCGUUAUAGAGAUUGAUAAUAGGUCAACUGAAUUCAACCCCUGGCAGUAUGAAGAUCUUGCUGCUCAAUAGAGCAUACCUUCGUGUGUUUUAUAUUUUUUUGCCAUUUGCCUGUGUAAUAUAUUCUUUUUAUAUCUUCUAUUCACUUGUUUUAGUAAUUUAUCAAUUAUGACAGAACAAUUAGAAUACAAAUUAUCAGUUCUUUCUUCUUCACAUUUGUUUGAUUUUAUUGUUGUAUAAUUAUCUCAUUUUUUGGUUCAUUAUCAAUUAAUUUUUUCUUUUGAA